AUGAUAGCCACAGCUCGCAACGGCCCUACCGAGAUUCAGUUCUCGAGCUUCCUAACGCAACUUAAGACACCACAGUCAUCAGAGACCUCAAUGCGAUCAGAAGGACAAUUGUGGUUAUCACCUUCGAAAUUUGCGACCAAUUCAUCGGAUACAAUUACAUCGCAACCACUUCCAAGCUUUACACCGGAUCAUAAUACCCAGCAUUAUUAUGCUACUGCAAAUGUAUUGCCAUCGCGACCGGUUAAUAGUUUCUCCACGCCGACGGGUUACUACUCACAGCAUGUUUUACCACUACGUGAUCAACACACUACUACUUCGACGCAAUCUUGGAGCGCAUCAACUUUUAAUACGGGUGCUUCUAUGAUUCCUAGUGAUUUUCUACACCAUCAACACAUGCCGCAGCAUCCAGCGCUUCAUCCUUUGAUACAACACAGUGAAACGAUGCCGCGCCAGGAUGAUGAAGACCUAGCAAUUGAUGCGCAGAUGCUUCGUGAAGUGCUUCAAGAGAUGCCAACAGGUCAAACGCCUGUCGGUGCUCCACACACAACACAGUCGCGUGGACAGCAAAUACCGGGUCUUCAGCUACUUUUUGUCUCACCUGUGCACUCAACAGACAUGACUUCAGCUCCAGCGCAAUCCCCCCCUUACUACAGCACUAGUAUGGGCAUGACAACGACACAAGCGGAUAUGCUACUUAAUAUGAACCAGACAGCAUCGAUUGCACCCAUUUAUGCUUCUGUGCAGACACAAGAUCGGACACUAGCUGGUACAUUGCCACUACCGUCAGGGCUUACGAGUGUUUAUGAUUCGCUUUCAAAUGCUGAGGCUAAUGGAUUAGGACCAACAUCUGCGCUUGCGCGUAAGAAGCGUGCGACAGCGCCGCGUAUUUGUAAGAUUGAAGGCUGUACAAAAGGCAUUCGAUCGCGUGGUUUGUGCAAGGCGCAUGGCGGUGGACGGCGAUGUACAACACCUGGAUGUACUACGAGCGACCAGGGCGGUGGUCACUGUGUUCUACAUGGUGGUGGCCGUCGUUGUCGCAUUGAAGGAUGUAAGAAGUCAGCACAAUGGCGUGGUGUGUGCAAGAUGCACGGUGGUGCCCGACGUUGCCGCUACGGUCAAUGUACCAAGAAUGGUCAAGUAAAACAAGGGUAUUGUCGAAUGCAUCAUAACUUGCUAACAGCUCAGCGUCAACAACAAGAACAACUACAAGCACAACAAUUGCAUUCGCUACAUCAACCCCAUUUACCCUCUGUCGUGGUAAAGCUCGCGACAGAAGGCAUAUAA